AUGGGCAUGAUGGAGUCGUCGUCGGCCGUGAUCCUGAACAACUGGAAGGUGGGGCUGACGGUGUCUGUGCCGCCCGUCGGUGUCUGGCUCGGGCUGGCCGGCUCGCACUCCAAACUGGCCCAAUUCGUCAUGCAGAAGUCCCGGCAGGACAAAUACUCCUUCAUCAGCCACGAGGUUUCCUGCCAUCACUACAGGUUCCGGGUCAGCAGGACACCUCCGCUCGCCCAGGAUUUCAUCCAGACGGUGAAGAACCUCCCCAGCGCGUACAACAAGACCUCCCAGCCCGAGUACCAUCACCUGAUCCAGACCUAUGGCACCCACUACGUGUCCCAGGUGUACUUGGGGGGCCGGGCGCGGGACGUGACCGCCGUGCGGGUCUGCCAGGCGGCGCUGGAGGACCUGUCCGUGGAGGAGAUCGAGGAUUGUCUGAGCAUGGAGGCAUCCCUCAACCUCAAGCUGAUUUCAUUAGGGGCCGGCUUCAGCAAAUGUAAGAAACAGAGGACGGCGAUGAGCUCCCAGCAGAGUUUCCAUGAGCACUACCGGGAGCGCCUGGUGGAGGUGGAGGGAGGGCAGAACACAGCCGACCUGCUGUUCUCCAGCACUUCCGCGGGGGCCUUCUCGGAGUGGGUGAAAACUGUGAAGUCCCUCCCCGGGCUACUCACCUACUCCCUGAGGCCGAUUCACACCUUGGUGCAGCAGGACUCCGCCAAGCGGGAGGCGCUGAGGCAGGCGGUGAGCGAGUACAUCCUGAAGAGGGCCUUGCGGAGGAAUUGCAUCCAGAGCUGCCCCCGGGGGGCCUGGCCCAGUGCCCUUGACCCCUGCUCCUGCACCUCCUCCCCUGGGGAUGGCUUUAUCAACCCCUUUGGCUGCUCGCAGCGCCGGGGCCUUGGAAAGCUGCAGGUAACGGUGGAGCGGGCCAACGGCCUGCGGGGCGACGUCUUCUCCAAGACAGAUGCCUACGUCAAGGUCUUCUUCGUGGGCAGGGAGAUCCGGACUUGGAUCAUCGGCAAUAACGACAAUCCCGUCUGGAAUAAAGUUAUGGACUUUGGGUCCGUCCAUGUGACCGCCGCCAGUCACGUCAAAGUCGAGGUCUGGGACAAAGACCUGUUGAGGGAUGAUCAUCUGGGGUCCUGCAUCAUCCGACUGUCAGCCGGGAGGCCCCACCAUAGGGAGUGCUACCUGAAACGUGGCCACAUCAGGCUCAGCUACAGCCUGCGCUGUGGGCCCCACCUUGGGGGCCCGAGCUGUUCUGAGUACGUUUCCCAGCCCCAACCCCAACACGCCAUAGCCAUGGGGAAGUACCCCUUGUAG